AUGGGCCCCUGUACCGCCUCCUCUUGCUGCUGCCAGGCCCGUAAUCUGCCAUGGGCCCCCGUACCGCCUCCUCAUGCUGCUGCCAGGCCCGUAAUCUGUCAUGGGCCCCUGUACCACCUCCUCAUGCUGCUGCCAGGUCCAGAGUGUGUCAUGGGUCCCUGUACGGCCUCCCAUUGCUGCUGUCUCCAUCGCCACACUCUGCCAUGUGCCACUUUCAGGUCUCCUCACACUGCUGGUGGGUUCCAUUUUGUCAUAGGGUGCUGUAUGGCCUCCCAUUGCUGCUGCCUCCACCGCCACACUGUGGCUCCACACUCUGGUUUUGGCCCCGUGACUGCCCAAAUGAGUGAAGUGUGCGGUGAUUCUAAGAUCGACGGCACUCAUCUGCAUGUCAUACUGACUGACAGUAUUAUUUCUCUUCCCCAGCAGACUCCAAGGGCAUUUAAAUUAAAGGUACAGUGUUCUGCACUAAUAUAA